AUGAAGGCCCCUUACUUCCUCGCUUUCCUUGCUGCCGCCGUCUCGGCACAGAAUGCUGGCAUCGGGUUCCCGAAGAAAGACCAGGAGAUCACGGCAGGAGAGACAUUAGUUGUUCAGGUUCAGCGCCCGAACUCCUUAACUGGCUCCCAGGAGAUGGGUGUCGCAAUUGGCGUGGCAUCCUGCGCCUCACGGCCCUGCAUGGCUCCGAAGGAUACUCUGGGUACUCUCCUCUACAACGGGCCCUUCAAGCCCGAGUACCAUGAGACUAGCCAGCCUCCUUAUCAGAACUUCACCGUGACGAUCCCAGACUCUAUAGCUAAGGGAGACGCACAGAUCAACAUCGCCCAUGUGGCAAUUGUCGGGGCGAGCACGUGGCCAUACUUGGACCUGCUCAAUCAGACUGUUGUUGUUGCUUAG